AUGAGGGGCAAUUAUCUCCGAGAUGGCUAUAAGAAUCAGUAUCGAUACGCAAAUGGAUCAGAUGGGAACAAUAAAAUGCAAAACAACUACAACAAUAGGAGGAAUUUUUAUCAGAAGAAAAAUCCGAACAAAGACAGAGAUAAAGGAAUAACCUUCUGCCCUCACUACACUCUAAGGGGAUUGUGCCGCUUCUCCGACGACUGCAAAAAUUUGCACAAUUUAAAAUUAGUCGACACGUUUUUUUUGCAAAGAUCCUACAUCGAUUGCGCAAUAAUAGUACAUGGGCCGAACAACGAGAUAUACCUCUUCACGUCGGUCGCUCCGUACACAAUAAACGUGUGGAUAUUCGUUCCCGGAGAAGGAUCAAAGGAGCUGGACAUAAAACAUUUAAAAAAAAUAGAGUUUGAGUUAACCCCAGAGGAAGAGGAAUAUGGAGAUGACAAAACAAAAGGCAACAAAAAAAUGAAGAAGAGGAAAAAAAGGGUGCUAUCCCUACUAUACGCGGAAGAGUGUAUUUUCGCAGGUUUAGAUAAUGGACUUAUAAAAAUUAUGCAUCUCCCUUCUUCUGAUUCUUCAACAUUGUAUGCACACACAGAUUCUAUAUACAGCAUUGUGUGCAUCGACGGCAUUAUUAUAUCGUCCAGUAUAAAUGGAGAAGUGAAAUUUUGGAAGUACCAAGAAUCCUACUUAAGCUUUGUAACUAUAAAAAAAAUCGAAACGAAAACGAAGAUUUUUAAAAUGAUAGAAAUUAUUUCCUCCAAAUGUGCUUCAGGAAAUAUUAACAGCAAUUCCAAUUCGGAGGAAAAUAAAUUCAACAGGACAUUAUGGCUAUGUGGUGACAACAUAACAAUUAUUAAUCUUUUAAAUUUAGAAAUAGUGAAUGUAGUAAAAUGUAAAUAUGGAAGUGUGGUAUCAGUUAUGCAGUAUGAAGCUAACGUUAUCACGGCUAUGAGUGAAGGCAAGAUAUUAGCUUUCAGUCUUAAAGGAGAUAAUCACUUUGAAAUGAAUACUCUACCUAUUUUCUGCAUGGCUGGUUUGACCAAUCAUAAAAAUGUGCCAAUACUUAUUUACGGCUCCACCAAGGCAUUAUACACUUUUUCAUUGCCCGAAUUUAAUCCCUAUGGAUAUUUGAAGGAUCGCGAAUCCAUGGCCCUGAAAUUUAACAUUAACGACCCUGAUUUUAUUCUCCCCCUUUCUGGGCCCUACUUCAUCGUCCUGUUUUCCAACGCUGGCAACGCAAAAGUGUGGAAAUGGGAGUCCAAGGAUUAA